UUAAUCGUUAAUUUGGUUUCUCUUUUUAGUAUCUUAAUUGUUGGAUUAAUUUUCUACAACCAAUUGAGUAUUUUGAAAGCUUAAUUAGCUUAAUUAGCAACGAUAUUGAUAAAAUUUUCACAACAAGGAAUCAAAGUUAAUGGAAAAAUUUAUCUAAUUGUUUUAAGGUUGCUAUAUGGAGAUUUAAGAGACGAUUGGUAAGUAAACAUGGGAAAUGAGUGAACCGAUUUAAAUUGUUACACUUGUUACUAUCAUUAGAGAGGAAAAAAUAUCUAACCUGUUAUUCUUACUGGUAGAAACUUUCAGCUUGAGACUGGAUAUUUUUCCAAUGGGCACCAAUCAAUGAGAAGCAUUUUUCCAGAAAAAGAAUAUCUUUCUGAUUUCAUUCUGAUCUCUGAAAUUCUAUUCAGUCCAUUCUUCUCUCUCUGUCUCCUUCGUCUUCUUCUUCUUCUUCAUCUUCUUUUCCGCCAUUUGCAUCCAUUUUUAAUCUUCAUUGUGAUUUAGUUGAUCUCCACCAUGAACAGUUUUUCAUUACCUUCAAAUUAUACAUGGGAACCAACAUCAAGUUAUUUUCUAUUCUUUUUGGAAUCUGGUGAUUUUAUUCGUGACAAUUUUAACCAAUUACUGACCAACUACUCUUUCCCUGAGGAUACAAUUAAAGAUUUAAAUAAGUGCUUAACUAACCUUCAUCGAAAUGAUUAUCUUCUAAUGUUUAUCUUGGCCAUUUUUUGGACAAUUUUACGAAAUCAAUUGACAAGUCACAUCUUCAAGCCAAUUGCUCGUUACUAUGUGUUACCAAAGCAAGAAAGCGAUAAGUUACCUGAAAGUGCAUGGAAAUUCAUGUUCUACCUCUCAACUUGGUCUUACUCUGCAUAUAUUUUACUCUGGCAACCAGGAACAAAUUAUUUCUAUAAACCAACCGAUGUCUGGAAAGAUUAUUCCAUGUCACUUGAUAUUCCGAAAGAAAUUUAUAACAUUUUCUUAAUUGAAAUUGGUUUUUAUCUCCAUUCACUUUAUGCAACAAUAUUCGUUGACCAUUGGAGACGUGACUCAUUGGUCUUAAUUGGACAUCAUAUUGUUGCCUCAUUUCUUCUUGUCUUCACUCUAUCAAUUAGGUGCCAUCGAACUGGUUUAAUUGCUAUAUUUCUUCAUGAUGCUUGUGAUAUUAUUUUGGAAGGAACCAAAACUUGUCUCUAUUUUAAACGACAGAAUAACAAGAAUAUCAAUUUCUUUGAGACAAUCGCAAAUAUUGGCUUCUUAUUAUUUACCGUUACUUGGUUUAUUACAAGACUUUACUGGUUCCCAUUGAGAAACAUUUUCAUCUCUUCAAUUUAUGUUCAUCAGAAUGGGAUUCAAGUUCCAUUUAUACUUUUCCUCAAUUCACUUCUUUACAUUUUACUCACCAUGAAUCUCUACUGGUUCUCGUUCAUCAUUAAGCUUCUUUUCAAAGUUAUCACUGGUCAAACUAAAGAGCUAGAAGAUAAUCGAGAAUAUGAACACGAUGAGUUCGAUAAAACCGUCGAGGAGAAAGAAACUAAAGACAAAAACGAAAGUGAUAAUCAACUCAAUGUUUCCUUUGGUAAAGACAAAAGUUUAACUGAAUUCUUGCUGCAUAAACGAAAAGAGGAUGAGAAUAGAGGAAGAGCAACAUAAUCACUAUGGAAAUUAAGUUAAUUGCGUGUUUACGAUCACAAUUAACUUAAAUAAAUUCUUAUCCAAGAGAACCAUCAAAAUCAUACCAAAAGAAUCAGCAUAAUUUUGUUAAUUUACGUUGAAAUUUGAUUAACAAAAAUAACAGAAAAAAUCUCAUGAAAAACAAUCUGAUUAAACAAGGAAUCAGUUGAAAACAAGCAUCAAGCUAAUUAUCUUGUUAAUCACUGAAAAACAAUUAAUUUAAUAACAAUUUAGAUCAAUUAAUCAAAGAAUUAAAUUUAUUUUCAAUACUUUCAA